CGCACACCGUGCCGGCUGAUUUGUGUGAAGAUGGAUAGCAAGCUAGCAGCUUUUAACUUGACUGCGCCCAUUGAAUGCUGAGGAUAGACAUCCAUAUAAUGGUUAAUCAAUUACAAUUUUCGCUUGCUAACUAGUUUGGGGAUGUUUUCUUCUACCUAACUAUAUAUAGCUACAUUUACACGCAAACUACGCGUUUCCAUCGCAUAACAUUAUCGUUAGCUAGCUAGUAAUACAUCGGCAAGAUAGUGUAGAGAGCUCAGAGUGGGUCAUUAAAAAAAAAUAGCACUUGUUUCUGUUUAAUCCAUAAUGUAUAAUAUCAUAUACGGAAAUAAACAGUUGUCAAUAAUUCAGCAAAAGCUGUUCUAGCCAAGUUGUUGUGGUCCGGUUUACAACCACGGGCAGGCUAGCUAGUCUGGCAAUCUCACAGUAGUUUCAGACAGUGUGAGUGAGUCAGUAGCCAGCAGGAUAUAGCUAGCUAUCUCGCUCUCUAUUGGGACGCUCACCGACUUGCAUGGACUGGAUGAAGCCACAUAGUGACAGCGCAUCUUGAUACCUCCAUGCUGGCGAACUGCGUCACCGAGCGGGCGCUGCAGGUAUUCAGCCCCAACUCUGUCUCCGUGUUGGGAACUCUCUAGCCAUAGUAAACAUUAUCUGGAAACAUCAGUGAUUCAACGUUACAAUCGCAAUGGAAUCGGGGGACGAGUCCAAUUCGGAGGCUCCCCUGGGAUUUAAAUAUCCUUCUGUUCCUAACUCGAAGUGUGAACUCAACAUUAAUAUGUAUGAGACUAUCAGCGAUGGAAACGUCAAUAAAAUGGAAACCUCGACAGUCGUGAGAGGUGGAAGCGACCCUAGCCCUCCUUCAAAUUAUCAGCGGAUCGUGCGUCAAAGAUUCAUCAGGAGAAGUUUAUGGUUCUCGGACUCAGAUGAGCAGGCCUUUGAGGCUCCCGAAUGUGACAACAGGAAUAAAAUUCUCAACAUAAACCUGCGCACAAUAGUAGACAGGACACGAGGGACACGGUCUGGACUACAGGAGGGCUCAAGCACCGAGAGCCAAGCUGGUCAAAAAGAUAGCGCGACAGAGAGUGCAAGUGCCGACGAUGAGAAAGAAAAAGCUGGAGACAAAUUGGGUGUUGUCUCCAUUGACGGCGGAAAAAACGCUAUCAAAGCAGCAAGCGAUGAGAACGAAGAGGAAGCUGAGAUGAAGGCUGUCUCCACGUCUCCUGGGGGAAGGUUUCUCAAGUUCGAUAUCGAACUCGGGAGAGGGUCCUUCAAGACUGUGUACAAGGGCCUGGAUACUGACACCUGGGUGGAGGUUGCCUGGUGUGAGCUUCAGGACCGGAAACUGACCAAAGCAGAGCGUCAGCGCUUUAAGGAGGAGGCGGAGAUGUUGAAAGGUCUCCAGCACCCAAACAUUGUCCGCUUCUACGAUUUCUGGGAGUCCCCCCUCAAAGGAAAGAAGUGCAUCGUCCUGGUGACAGAACUUAUGACCUCAGGCACGCUGAAGACCUACCUGAAGAGGUUUAAGGUGAUGAAGCCCAAGGUGCUGAGGAGCUGGUGCCGGCAGAUCCUCAAGGGCCUCCACUUCCUGCACACCAGGACCCCGCCCAUCAUCCACCGAGACCUCAAGUGUGACAACAUCUUCAUCACCGGCCCGACCGGCUCCGUCAAGAUCGGAGACCUGGGUUUGGCAACUCUCAAAAGGGCUUCCUUUGCCAAGAGUGUUAUUGGCACCCCAGAGUUCAUGGCUCCAGAGAUGUACGAAGAGCACUAUGAUGAGGCUGUGGACGUGUAUGCCUUUGGGAUGUGCAUGCUGGAGAUGGCCACCUCAGAGUACCCCUACUCCGAGUGCCAGAACGCCGCCCAGAUCUACCGCAAAGUCACCAGCGGGGUGAAGCCUGCCAGCUACAACAAGGUUAUGGAUCCUGAAAUCAAGGAGAUUAUUGGGGAGUGUAUCUGCCAGAAAAAAGAGGAGCGGUACUCCAUCAAGGAGCUGCUGAACCACGCCUUCUUCGCCGAGGACACGGGCGUGAGGGUGGAGCUGGCCGAGGAGGACGACGGGAAGAAGGCGUCCAUCGCCCUGAAGCUGUGGGUGGAGGACCCCAAGAAGCUGAAGGGGAAGUACAAGGAGAGCGGCGCCAUCGAGUUCUCCUUCGACCUGGAGACGGAGGUUCCUGAGGGGGUGGCCCAGGAGAUGGUGGAGUCUGGCUUCUUCCACGAGAGUGACGCCAAGAUUGUCGGGAAGUCCAUCAGGGACCGUGUGGCCUUGAUAAAGUGGAGGAGGGAGAGGACCGUAUCAGCUGGACCAGCGGUGGACCAGGCGGAGGGGGGGCCUGGGGCCCACGGCGCCCCACCCCAGGGCACCUCCAGUGGGGUAACACAGGGAAAACAGCCCCCCCUGCAGGAGCCAGAGGAGCCCGAGGCAGACCAGCACGCCCGGCUGUGUAACCUACCAACCAGCACCACCUCUGUCACAUCAGCAGACAGCACCUUUGACAGCGGCCUGGGCUCCACUGUGUAUUCUGACUCCCACAGCAGCCAGCACAGUGUCCUCUACCAGUCCCUGCUGGAGCCCAUCUCCAUGGCAACACAGCAGCGCCAGCGCAGCGGCCCGUGUCUGCCCUCUCAGCGGCCCAGGUCAUGUGAGAGGGGGGGGCUGGGAGCCCCCGGUCAGGAGCUCCGGCCGGGGGCAGGGCUGGGCGGGGGGGUGCGGAGAGGCAGCACCUCGGUCAUUGACACGCUGAAGGGCCACCACAUGGCCCACCUCCACACCCUCUUCCAGUCGCAGCACUCUGAGCCCGUCAGCCCCGCCUCGUCACCAACCGGCGACCAAUCAGACACCAGCGCCUCCGAGGGCUACUCCGAAGCAGAGGACGGCUUCCCCUCCCACAGCACCACGUUUCCCCUUUCGCACCUCUCGCCUUCGAUGGUGUCGCGCCGUCAUAGUGACUCUUUCAUGGAGCAGUCGUCGGAGGCCACGCAUGAGAGCCCAGCUUUGCCCGUUCCAAGGGGGAGGAGACACUCUGACCUGAGCCUGCUCCACAGCCUCAGCUCCCCCCACCACCACCAGGCCCAGGCCGGGUCCCACAUGUGCCAGGGCUGCCUCUCCCUGCUCCUGCUGAGGUCACGGGAGGGGGGGUUCCCCCCCUCCCCGGUUGCCAUGCCGCCUCAGCUGUGUGUCUGCGCCCACAGGCCCCACCUCCCUGGGGUGACCACGUCAUGCUCAGGAAGGGUCAGGGCGGGAAGCGACGGUUCAGACUUCUCCCUGUUCCAGAAGUCCCUCUUCAACAUCAUCAACCGCAAGACCGCCCCCCUCGCCACCUCCUUCAACCAGGGCCCCUCCCUGCUCCAGCUGCCCACCACCUACAGGCCUGCUCAUAGCUAUGGAGACGGGGGUCUCCAGACAGGCAUCAGUCUGGGUGGGGAGAGGGCCCCCCCAGCCCGCCCCCAGGACCGCAGGGCCAGUUACUGUGCUGGGGAGCAGCGAGCCACUGGGGCCAUGGCAGUGUCCAGCUCUGCGGUGCUCCAGAACCAUCCAUCGUUCCAGAGCCUGCUGUGCUCCAGCCCGGCCCUGCAGCACCUCCAGCCCGGACACAGCUACCCCUCUGCCCCCCAGCCUGCCCAACACGCCUCAGCCUCGGCCGGCUUCUCAGCAGCAGCAGCAGGCCUCCAGCACGCUGCCCCCACAGCCAGCUACACAGACCCAGCUGCACCAUGUCACUCUACACCAUACAUUCCUCCUCCACAGACUCAGGCGGCGCAGAGCUACCCGGCUCAGAGCCAGCAGCAGCAGGCGGCAGGUUACUCUGCGGCAGCCUUGCAGCAGCUGCAGGCAGGGGCUAGCUACACAGCGCCUCCAGUCCAGCAGACGGCGUCCCAACAGAGCUUUGUGUCUCCCGCUCUUCAGCAGACUCAGCCUGCAGCGAGCUACCCUCCUCCAAGUUUACAACAGACCACUGCCACGCCCCUCCAGCAGCCUGGACCUGCAGCUUGUGUAGCAGCAGAAGCACAGCCUCGGCAUCCGACUGCACAGAACUUCACCACUCCAGGGGGCUCUGUACAGCAGACAAAGAGCUAUGCAUCUGUAGCCUCUACGAUGGUCCCCACCCCACAGCCGUUCCCUGCCCAGGCCUCCGUUGCAGCUACACAGUGUGUAGCCCCAGCCCCAGCCGUAGUCCUAGCCCCAGCCCCAGGUCCAGUCAUACCUCCUUGUCAGCAGCCUGGACAGAGCUCUAGUAAUAUAGCUAACUUUACACCAGUGCAGUACAGCCAACAGACUGGGCAGGUGCCUAUUCAACAGCAGCACAGCCAGAAGAUGGCCCCGGUCACAGUGCAGCACAGCCAUCCGGCUGCACAGUCCCAGAUCCAGCAGCAACUCAGCCAGCCCAGUGGACAGACCUGUAGUCAACAACCACAACAACAAAUGGGACAGCCUUCUUUUCAACACACCCAAAACAGUCUACUGGCCCAGCAGACAGGGCAGGUGUCGGUUGCGCAGGUCAUCCAGCAGGUAGGCCAGCCUCCUGUGCCUCAGAACUACUCCUCCUCGGUCCCAGUCGCCCUGCCACCACCACCAACCCUGCAGAGUUACCCCGCUGCCCCCCCAGCAGGGCCACAGAACACUGCCCCCCAGAGCUAUGCCCCCUCAGCUUCACACCCUCCCCAGCAGACUGUGCCAGUGGCAGGCUACAUGUGCACACCGCCUGCUGCGGGGGCCCAGAGCUAUCAGCCUGGUCCUCCUCAACAGAUGGCUGCCCCACAGUCCUACCCAGUGAACAACCCCCCCGCUGGUCAUCCCCAGAGCCUGCCACCUGCAGCCCCUACUGGACAGCACAACCAACCAGCUUCCCUCCCCCCUGCCCAACAGUUCCAACCAUAUCUCUACCCUGCAGCUUUCCUGAACCAGUCUCUCCCUCCUGGUCAGAGUGUGCCACAGCAUGGUGCAGGUGGGCCAACCCUUGUUCAGAAUGUCUACCAGUCAUCCAGCCUGCCUGCACAAGCCCCUUCCCAGCAUUCAUUGGCUCCGACUGUCCAUCCACAAAUACAACCACUGCAGAUCUCCACCUCUCUGCCCGCUCCACAUGCAGCCCAGUUUCCCGCUUCAUAUCCCACCAUCCAGGUGGUGGCCUCUUUGGCUGGAUGUGACUCCUCCUAUCCUGCCCCGUGCCCCCCUUCCCAGCCCUACCCCUCCUCCACUGCCUCCUCCCUCGCUCCAGCUCUGGCUCCUAUCUACCUCUCUCCUGGCCAGACUCUCCCCCCCCCUGUCUCCCCCCUGUCCCCCCUGCACAUGGAGAGUGCUCUAGCUCCCUCGGCCCCUGUGACCCUCAUCCUCUCCCCCACACCCCAGCUGGCCGCGGCGGUGCCCACCAUGCCUCAGCAGCAGCAGGUCUACCCCACUGCUCUGCUGCAGAGCGCUCAGACUGAAGUUCCUCAUCCGCAGCCCGCGCUCAUCCCCGCCCCCUCCACUGCUUUGCAUAUGACGCCCCUCCCACAGCCCAGUCCGGCCGCCCCGCGGGGCCCAGUCCCCCAGCCAGCCCCCUUACCUGACCCCAGCCCUCAGCCUCUAACACAGCAGGUUCAUCAGCAGGCCCAUCCCAGCCACCCAGAUCCUGGACCCUCAGCCCUCCCCACCCAGCCUGCAGUGUUCCCCUCUCCCAUGCAAGCUGGACACGACACGACCACUGCAGCAAGCCAGCUGGACCACAACCAGAACCCCCACCUGGGCCAGCAUCCGGUCCAUGCCCAGAGCCAGCCUGCAGCGCCGCAGCCCUCUGGCUCCCAGACAUCAUCAUCAUCAUCUGCUGGAGCUGCCAGCAGCAGCCUGACUCAGCAGAACCAGGCCAGUGCUCCCACAGGACAGGCCCCUGCAGAGCCCAGCCUGGAGGAUGCCGCAUCGGAGAAGCCAGCAUCAGGACACAGCUACACCUACGACAGUGUGAACUCAGACGCCACCUCGGGGAAGGAGAUGAGUGACGGCUACGAGGGGACGCACGGCGGGAAGGGCGAAGGAAGGAUCCGGAAGCACCACCGCAGAUCCACGCGCACGCGCUCCUCGCGUCAGGAGAAGGCCAGCAGGCCCAAACUCAGCAUGCUUAAUGUGUGUAACACUGGAGAUAAGAUGGUGGAAUGCCAGCUGGAGACUCACAACCACAAGAUGGUCACCUUCAAGUUUGACCUGGAUGGAGAUGCCCCGGAGGAGAUCGCCACCUACAUGGUGGAGAAUGACUUCAUCCUGCCCCUGGAGAAGGAGAUGUUCAUUGACCAGCUGAAGGACAUUGUGGACAAGGCUGAGGACAUGCUGAGUGAGGACACGGAGGGGGAGAGGGGCUCCGACCAGGGCAGCAGUCCUCAGCAGAGCCAGGGAGCUGGCCCCCUGGGGGCAGAGGUUAUAAAGUCUGCAACACCCAACUCCCCACAGCUGGUAUACCAGCAGAACGUCCUCCACACUGGCAAGCGCUGGUUCAUCAUCUGCCCCGUGGCUGAGACGCCCCCUCCAGACAGAGAACACAGCCCCGCCCACGCCUCCACCGCCAAGGAAUCAGGAGGUCCUGCCUCUUCAGUCAAGUCCAGCUCCAGCACCCCUCAAGUCCCUGCUCCAGUGUCCUCCACCCCCUCUGCACCUGCAGACUCAGCCCAGCCUCAGGAGCCCCAGGUGGGCAAGGCCAGGGUGCAGCACAUCCAGCCCUCUAUAGCCAAAGCCUCCACUGUUGUCACUGUUGACCGCCACAACUCCCUCUCUAUUGACAAGCCCUGCAUCGCCACAGUCUCCAUGGUAACUGACCUCCCCUGCUGCCCCAUCGUCCCGCCCGUGUCUUUAGAUGUGACCCUGGGCCACAAGGGAGCAAGUGGAGCCUCCUCCGUAACCAAUCAGGAGGCCAGCCCCACUGGAGAACCACCCCCUCCCCUGGCCUCCCACCAAUCAGUAGUCCUCCAGCAGCCCUAUGCCACCCCCAUCCUGUCUGGCACUGUGACCUCCCAACCCCAGAGUCCGGCCCACCAGGCUGUCCCAGGGUCCUCCCAGCAGCCUGGGGGGCCAGGGGGCUCUGGGGGUGGAGGUCCAGGGGAGUCUGACGGAGAGGGCCCCCCCAGAGUUGAGUUUGUGGACCGCACCAUCAAGACCCUGGAUGAGAAGCUGAGGAACCUGCUGUACCAGGAGUACGCCCCCUCUCAGCCCUCAAGCACAGCAUCAGACCCCCAGGGCUCCAGCACAGAAGGGGUGUCUGACAGCCAGACCACCGGGGAGGGAGGACCGGGCCGCAAGGGAGAGCUGCUGCCUCAGAUUCCCGAGCGUGCAGAUAGCCUGGGCCUGAGUGACUCUGCAGUACCUGCCUCUGGCAAGGUUUUGGAUAACGACAACUCCAACUCACAUGACUCAAAUAGCCGUUUUCAGAUCGUCCCCACUCCCCCGGAUGUAGUCCGGCGUCUGGAGAAGACCAGGAAGGGCCGGAGCUCCAGCAGCUCACUAGCACCCUCCAGUGGCUCGGGUGGGUCCCACGCCCCCAAAGAGCCGGGGGCCAGGAGAGGUCAGGGCUGUGUGGCCGUCGGCAGGUUCUCAGUGGUGACAGCAGAGGAAGGGCCCGAGGCUGGCCCCAAACCCCACAGUAGCAACCGCUACUCUGCCCCCCCAAACUUCUACCGGGACACCUCCAGUCCCGACUUCACUCCCACCCACAUACCUCGGGCACAAACCAUCGACACCCCCACACAUUACUCCUUCCGCCUGUACUCUGACUCGGGGGAGGAGGAUAGUAGCAGCUUGGCUCCUCCCCCGGCCCAUAACCCACCCCCGGCACACGCCCUCUCUGAGCACAGCGGAAGUGACCUCAUGAAGAGGGCGGUGGCCUUCCUGCGUCGGUCUGGCCGCAGCAACAGCACGCAGAGCUCAGACUCACCGAGCCGGCAGCCUGUGGCACUGAACGGCCACGCCCCCUCGCCACCCGGAGGCCACGCCCAGUCAUCGUAUGUCAGCAGUGACAACGACUCUGAGUUUGAGGAUGCAGACAUGAGAAAGGAGCUGCAAAGACUCAAAGAAAAACACACAAAGGAGAUCUCUGAGCUGCAAGCCUUCCAGAGGAACGAGAUUGAGCACCUGUAUAAGGAGCUGGGUAAAACGCUGCCCCCUAGUGUUGGCCUGCUGCAUGCGGCGCCCCCCAGUGGCCGUCGACGCAGGGCCAGUAAACACAAGCUAAAGACUGGCAAGCUGCUCAACCCCAUGGUGCAGCAGCUCAAGAAAAAACUCAACACCACCACUGGUGAGAGGAAAGGUGAGAGUGCAGCCAGCUCGUCUGGUUCUCCAGCCAAAAGCUCUGUUCAGUCUGACGCCUCCACCCGCUCCAGUGGCAGCAGCAGCAGCAGUUCCAGCACCUCAGCGCCCAGCCCAGCCCCAGAGCCGGUCCACACCCAGCAGCCAUGCUCCCUCAAGGGCUCGCUCUCUUCAGACAACAUCUACGCUGCACUCCACGGCGACGGCAUGACUACCAAUACAGGUCCCGGCCAAGGGUCCUCUCACAGUGCCAGUGCAGCUCAAACAGCCUCCAAUCCACCUCAGCCAGUAUCAGCUGCUGGGGCUGGCCCACCACAGUCCCCCCAACCAAUCCCUGGACUCGUUCAGGUUCAGACCAACAACAGCAACAACAAGAAAGGCAUGUUCACAGAUGACCUGCACAAGCUUGUAGAUGACUGGACAAAGGAGACACUUGCAGCAGCCAAUCAACCUCGGCCCUCUCUGAACCAGAUCAAGCAACAGCGACAUAAGCAAGACCUAGAGGGCAGAGCCAUGCCCCUAGGAAGAGCCUUUCAGGAGGUGAGAAGCCACAUGACACCCAACCAGUUCCAGUUGCCCCUGUCCUGCCCGUUGACAGCUGCUUUAAGCUCCGUCAUGCCUGCUGCCACCCUGGGUGCCCACCAGUCUGCCAUGCUCCAGCCUGAGUACCUGGUGCCAGCUGGUUCCUAUGGAGGUGUAGUGACUGGGGCCCUGUACCCACAGCAGUGGUCUGGUAUGCCCAGUCCUGUGGGCUUGCUUGGAACUGCAGGAGUGCUCCCACCCUAUCCUACCAUGGACAAUGCAGGGGUGCAGGCCUACCCCAUGACCUUGCAUAGCCCUGACAGCACCUUCCCCAGCACCAGAACUACCUAAAUCGUAAAUCAUCACAAGCAGGAUAGUCCUGCUAUGAGUCUAUGGUUGGGGUACCAGAGGAACACUUGUACAUAGCCUGUGAGCUUGUAAAUAUCUUGUGAGAAUGUUGAUAUCCUUUACAUACAGACCCUGUAGUUUCUUGUAUGUACUGUAGGUCUAUUUUGUGUGUGGAUGUAGUAUACAUGUUCAGUGUGUGUCUGAGUACCUUAUACUUUUGGCUCUGGCUUUGACAGUCAUACUUGAUAUAAUAUCACCAUGAUGUCACCAUAUCCAUUAUUAUCAGAAAGCUGUCAUUGUGUUAAAAUUUGAUUCACUGUAGAUUUGUUAAUCUUUAACUCCAAAAUACAUCAGAUUCCAAACACACUGAUUUGAGACAACAGGGCAGUAUGUCAGGUGAAGUGCUCUGAAGGAAUGUAGUGCCUUGAACAUUGCUUUUUCUGUGAAACUAAGCAUGUCCACAUCAGAGUUGUUUAAUUCAGAGGUUUGAGUUCUGCUUUGUUUUUAAUGCAUUGCUGACACAUUCCCUUCCCCCCCCCAUUGGUUUACAUAUGAAUGCCCUUGUAGCACUGCACUAUUAACACAGUAUAUGCUCUUAUUUAAGUAAUAAAUCAUGCUAUUUUAAUCCAUGUUUACUCUCCACCCAUGUGACAGAAUGCCAUAGAGGAGAUAAGUACAUUUGCCUUGUGGGAACCGUGUGUGCAGUUGAAAAGACAACAACCGAAAACAGCCAAACUCAUGAAGUUGUAUCCAGGUUCAUUUGUUUAGUUGGACAUAGUCUCAUAUGGACAUGAUUUGAUAAGACAAGUGAGCAAUGCUAGGGGUUGGCUUUCAGUGGGAAAGCAGUAGUGCCCAGAGUAAUAUAUACAGUGUGCUAAAACAUCUAAAUACAUGACUGGUAUUUUAGGUCAGAAUGGUGGUCGAAGUAAGAAUGUAGCAAUGUAGAAGUAGCUAGAUUUGCUGAGUGAGACUGAAAGUGCAAUUUCACUCCCCAAAAAGCUUUCGUAAUGGCCUUGCCACAAGCCUUACCCAAGAAACCUGUGAUAGGAGCUAUAAUAGCUUUUGUUUGCAUUUAGUUUAACUUCAUUUUCAAAUUAACACUUUAUUACUGCAAAACAUGAUCCUUUUUGCUCAUCGCUGCUCUUAUUAAUCACAUUGGUGGUUUUGCUUUGUGUGCAAUAUGUUUCUGAAGUAUAUUUGUUUUUUAAUGAAGCUUGGUUUUGAUGCUGCUAGUGGGCCUGAAGUGGUUACCCUUAAGGCAUCCUACUUUGGCUAAACUGAUUAAACUACAAACAUGGUACCCUAACACAACAAUUCCUUCCCCCCACCCAUUUUUUUUCCCCCAGUAGGCCGCUCAUGUCAGUGAUAUUGCCUUGUUGAAUUUAUUGAAUUAUGUAUAAUUGACCAGGUUGCUGCUGAUUAAGGCCUUGCUGUUUAAACUAUUUUUGCUGUUUGAGUGUUUGAUUUACUUGUUCAGUAUGAAACACAUUCAGAUAGUUACUUGAUUGAGGAGAUUUGCACAACAAAACAUGUUCUCCGCCAAUUCUAACCUGUGAAAAUGUGUUUACCAACACUUUGUACAUAGUCAGCUUGCCGCCCUGACUAUUGAUGAUGAGCAUGGCAAACUGUUCAGAUUUGGACAUGCGCAGAAAUCAUAACAGCCGGUCUGAAAUUUCCCAUUCCACUAAAACACUAUCAGAAGGUUGCAGCACCCCAAUUUUGCCAAUCUGUGAAUUGUACAGUUUUUCUGUAAUAUUUGUAAAAUGUGUUUGUUUUGACUGUAGGGGGAUUUUGCUUCAAUGUUUAUUAAUCCAUCAAUUCGGUUUGAAUUGGACUUUUAUAGGGCAUUAUGCAGAGUCCUCUGCUUUGGUGAAAUACUUCUAGUAGUAAGAGAUUUCUGUUCUCUGUUACUAGUCGUAUCUGGCAUUCACUGCUCCAACUCCCUGUCUGUCACACUUAGUGAGCAGAUGAGGGAAGAUCUCUAAACCAGUAUAUUCAUAUUGAUGCUAUGUUCAUGGAUGUAGACAUGCAAUGCAUAGUGCAGACAACAGAGAGAACGGCCAUUACAUUUCUAUCCAGACAUUGCUUCUUUUGAAUAUGCUCUGAAAGUUAGUCAAACAUUAAAAAUGUGUGGGACUAGCUUCUGCCUGCUGUGUAUGUCCCAGUUCAUUACCAGACCCAACCCAGUCAGCUGCAUUCUAAUUGGAAAGACUGUACAUGUUUAAAGAAAUAAAUAAACAUUAUUUUGUGCUUAA